AUGAGUAGCGGUGGGACCACCACAGUUUCACCACAGGAGCCUCAGGCUUUCAAACGGGCAGUUAGGAAAAUAAAAUGUGCUGCUAUGGUGGCCAGCUUGGCCAAGAGCUGGCAGGGCUGGGCCAAUGAACACACAAACAAGCAGGAUGCUGUCCCAAGUGGCUGGAUGCCUUCAUCUGUCGAGGAAAAAGACAAAAAAGAGAGCAAUCACAUUGUCAAACUUACCGUCACCCCGCGUGUUAUCGCAGCGGAUGCCUCCGACACCAGCGGGAGUAAGAUCAGGACCUGUUCUGUCACCAAGACAGUCGGGCCAAAGCUCGGCGAGUGCAGCAGCAGCGAUUUGAUCAAUGCCAUCCGAGACAAGAUGGAGUCGGGUCCCGAGGAGAACAAGCUGUUCUUGGGCAACGAGUCGCCGACACGGCGGCGCCAGAUGAGGGCGCUACAGAGUGCAGGAGGAGGAGGGGUCAUCCAAGACAGGAAGCUGAUGCUCCAAGAGAAGAAGCUGGGGUCGAGGAGUAGCAGCGUGGACACAGAGGACAGCGGGCUGGGAGAGGAGGCAGGGCUCAGCGACAACAGUGAAUUCAAAACUGAACAGGGUGACAUCCAGUCCAAGAAACAAACUAAAAGACCCAAGAUUAAGAUUGCCACUAUGGGAAACAUCAAAAGCCGCUGGCAGCAGUGGUCCGAGGAGCACAUGGAGGGCCAGAAGCUCAACCCCUUCAGCGAGGAGUUUGACUACGAGUACGCCAUGGCUCAGCGCCUCCGCAAGGGGGACUCCGGCUACGGUCGACCCAAAGACGGCUCCAAGACGGCCGAGAGGGGCGACCGGGCCCAGAAACACAUCCACAGGGAGAUGGAAGAAAUGGUGUGGAUUAUCAGAGAUAUGGGCAUCAAGGAUAAAGAGGGAAGGACCAUCAUUACCUUCGGCCGGCUCUUCGACCGCUACGUGAAGAUCUCGGAUAAGGUGGUGGGCAUCCUGCUGCGUUGCCGCAAACACAAGAUGCUGGACUUUGAGGGGGAGAUGCUGUGGAAAGGACAGGACGAUGAUAUUAUCAUCAUGCUGAGGGACUGAGGACAGACGUGAUGUCUCACGAACGUCCACACACAUUCGCAUCUCACACAUCAGCCCGGCCAGAGGAACAACGCCUGCCACGCUAACCACAAUGCUACAUCAUGUAUGCAAGACAAAUGGAGGAAUAUUUUGGAAGAGACAGAGUAAUAACACAGUAUGAUUAUAAUGUUCAACGAUAAUCCAAACAUUACACACAGCUUCAAGGAUAAACACACUAAAAGGACUCAUUCAACCAAAUCCUUGACUCAUUAGUUCUUCUCAUACACCUUACAGGUCAUCCCGUGAAGGGAGGCUAUCUUUAGCAUGCUAGCCAUGAUUGCCUUGCUAACUAUUCUACAUGCUAGAGAGUCUUGAGAAUCCACCACUAUGCCAGUCCAGUCACAUAGAAAGCUUUGCUCAGACUGCAGCUGAAGAAAAUUUACAGCUCAUAAUUCACCGCAACACUUAACAAAGUCUCUGUUUAGUCCUCUUUACCUUUACCUUUUUGAAAAAAGUAAACAAGCUAGCACAAACGCAUGAACUUGGCCUUGUCACAGACUAUUAUGGCUUUGGGUUUUUUAGAUAUACUUUUUAGACAACAGGACAAGAACAGGAAAAACUGUUAAAACAAGAAUUAAACAGCAAAGCGACCAAAGUUUUUUGUUUUUUUUUUCCAUUUGGACUGACUUUAGUGUCUGUUGCUAGCAGAUCUUAAAUUACAUAACUGAAUAAAGCCUGGAAGCCGGGUUGUCAAGUCUGUGUGACAAAACCAGCGUGAUGAUGAUGAUGAUGAUAAUCAGAUACAGUAUACUAUCAUACAUAAAAUGUACCUCUGUGGUGUAGACCAGUGGUUCUCAACCUUUGUGUAGUCUUGUCUUGGG